GCGUCGCUGACUGUAGGAACCGGAAGUGUUUCCCAGUUAGCUGCGAUUAGCAGCGGACUGAUUCGUUGGAAAAUGUAUCAAAUACUAUUUUAAUUUCAGCCUGCUGGAUGGAAAUGGAAGAAGUCGAAGAGCAGAUACGCUCGUUCAUGUUCGUGAUGACUUACUUGCUGCUGAAGCGCAGAAGAGACAUUAAUGACGCCAGCGUUCAGAGGCGCAAUGAGAUCGAAAGACGCGUCAGACAUCGGCAGUAUUUCUUCCAGAGGCAGAGGAGGAUGCUCAUGAUGAUGAUAGCAGGUGGAAUCCGCACCAACAUCCACAUCCGCACACGUCCUUGGACCACCACUCCAAGUACUGACUGGUGGGAGAGAGUGGUGAUGACAGAGUUCCAACCCUCUGACUGGCUGGAUAAGUUCCGUAUGAGCAAAGAGAGUUUUUUCUACCUCUGUGACAAGUUGCGUCCCCGUCUGGCUCGACAGGACACCAGUUUCCGCUUGGCCCUGCCGGUGGAGAAACGUGUGGCUGUGGCCCUGUGGCGCCUAGCAUCAAAUAUUGAGUACCGCACCAUUAGUGCCCUCUUUGGUGUGGGUAAGUCCACUGUCUGCAGGUGUGUAAGAGAUAUGUGUCAUUCCAUUGUGGCAAUCCUCAGUCCGAUCUACCUUCAGUCCCCCAAUGAGCAAGACCUGGAGGAUUCAGCCCAGAUCUUCCAGUCCCAUUGGGGCUUCCCUCACUGUGUUGCGGCCGUAACAACACUCCACACAGCUAUCAUCACUCCGUCGACCAACACAUCUGAUUAUGCCAAUUCUGAUGGUUGGCUAUCAGUUUUGUCUCAGGUGGCUAUUAAUGGCCGGGGACUAUUCUGGGAUGUAUGUGCCAGUUUUCCUGGUGGGACAGACCCAGCUGACAUCUUGUUGAACUCGUCGCUGUGGGCCACAGCCUCAGAGGGCGGACUGUCUCCUGUGCUGACUCCUAAUUUCAUGGGAAAGCCACUCAGGUACGUCCUGCUGGGGGAGAAUUGCUACCCGCUUCAGACCUGGUUGAUGAAGGCUUAUCCUGUGGAAAAAGGCAGGAGAGGAGAUGCAGUUGUGCUGUCAGAGCCACAGCGGCUUUUUAAUCGCAGGCUGACCAGAGCGCUGAGCGUGGCAGAGGAGGCUCUGCUGAGGCUGAGGGCACGCUGGCAGUGCCUCAGCAAGAGGAACGAUUGCGGACUUGACGUGGUGCCCACAAUGAUCCUGGCAUGCUGCAUUUUGCAUAACAUGUGCGAGUCCCACAAGGAUGAGUUCAAGGCAGAGUGGCAAGUGGAGGUGGCUGAGGUGGAGAACCCUCAGCCAAGCCACAAGCAGCUCUCGACCAGCAUGGACCAAAACCUGGCUGAAGAGGUCCGACAUGUUUUCUGUGAUUAUUUUCAACAACACAAUAACUGAAAGUUUUUUCUUUCCUGUUGGAGUUCUUGAAAUGCUUGUAAGUUUGGUAUGUGUGCACCACUGUUGUACGGAUGAGCACAAAAUGAUCAGUUCCCAUGAAAUUUAACAUCGUCUUCAAAAUUUUGCCUAGUGCUUUUUUUUUUUUUU